CCUCGUAUUAAUAUCGAUAGUUGCGUGGACGCUAGGUAUAUUAGCCGGCAAAUCUGGAUUCUAGAUCUAUAGCGAUAUCCUCCCUACUGGAUCUACCUGCUACGUCGCAUUCGAGUAUUACGACAGCGUAUCUGAUUUCCUAUGAUACAUGCCAAGUGAUAAUUCGUGUCUAAGUAACGUGUGAUAAUUGUCGUUCGUUAUUGUCAACAGGCGUAUAAAUAAGCCAGUUUCUCAUGAUUGUCCAGAUGUUUAGAACCGUUGAACAUUUCUCAGAGCCAACAUAACCCUUCAUUUAUAUCAAAACUCUUCGAUUUACCUAUCAAGAUGAGGGCAUUCGCAACUUCGUUCGUCUUUCCAGCCGUCGCCCUUGCGGCGGCAAUCACACAGAGGAGUGUACCCGAAGGUCCUUGGUCUGCCGGAAUUUGGAGAAUGCCGACGCAAGACGGAGAGCCCAUGUUCACCGGAGAUGGCAUCAAUGCCAACGGUGGAAAGUUCUUCGUCAACAGGAACGCCUCCACAUACUGUCCAGAUACGGUCGAAGAACUCGAUUGUUCGGCUUAUCCCGGGACCAGAACUGUGUUUUCGGGAGGAAACAAUACCGUAUUUCUAGAUGUCGCAGUACCUGGCGGGCAGCAAGUAUACGUUGAUGUAGACGGCUCGCUGUCGUACACUGUACCACACUCGGCAUACAUGCCCGAGGGCUCUAAUGCUACGGGUUGGAGUCGUUCAAUGAGCCAGGCUUUCGGGGCUCCUAUAAUCUUGAGCAAUAAUAACAAGUUCUGGGCUAUCUGCCCAGUUACCGAAGGACUGCCGAAGGAGAGGACGUAUCAGGUAUUCGUUGGACAGUCAAAGGAAGGUUGCUUGAAUACUGAGGUCAGGACGUACACCUACACCUCAUCGGGACCAAACGCUUGGGAGUACGUAUAAUUGAUAUUCAACCCGUUUCACUUGCUUUCCUAGGAUAUAAUAUAAUGCAAAUUGUCAAGUGCAGUUAAGCUAGGCGUAUACCUACCAUAAAAAUGAGAGACGAACUCCAUGAUCAUCAAGUCGGAAAAAUAAAACAAAAAAGGUGGUACAAGAGGAAUUUAACCUCUAUACGAUGGACUCGCGGGGAAUCGAACCCCGGACCACUCCCAAGUCAGUAGGCGAAUCCUAGAAACGAAGCUAUCGUGAGGUAGAUCGUCGUCAUUGGAUCGUUCCUGCUAAGGGAGUAUUAUACCAC